UCUGCGAUUUGACAGUAACUGAGUCGUGAUCAUCCGGUGGAGCCGUGGGUGGAUAAACGUCCCUGUUUACCUUCCCCUCCGCUGAGAUUAUCGUCGUGCCAGCUUGCUGAGUGGCUCCAUGAGCGGCCAUUAAUCACAGCAUCGGAGGUAAAGUCUGCCGUCGUUCUUCGCCGUGUGUGUGGAAGUAAAAAGGACUCGGAGGAUGGGGAGACCCCCGAACAGAAGAAACGUCGAUUACACAGGCUAAGCUAGCAGCAGCACAGCGCUACGGGUGGGGGUGGAUUCAUUGAACUCGGCCCUCUGAACGCAAAUAUACAGAGCAUAUCGGGAGUAUGUUGUAAAACGAUGACAAUCACAGGAAGCAGAGCUAAUAAAGGAGGAGAAGACAUGUCUGUGGAGGAGUAUCGGAUGUUCUAUCACUAAAGAGGCGGACAGUGUGUCAACUAAGAGCUAAGAGGUUAGCUUAAUUGAUCAAGGAAGUUGAUUAGCCACAUUGCUAACGCGGUCACAAAUGUAUUACUGGACCAAGGGUCGCCUCAAACGUGUGAGUUAUUAAUAGAGAUCAAUGUUCACAUCACGUGUUGGUGAUUUGUUUUUUUAUUCUCUGACAUUUGAAGAUCUGCUGAGGGUCUUUAACUAAACAGCUAACACUAGUUGGUUUACAGCUAGCUAGACACUCGGAGUUGUAAACAAAGGGUCCACACACAUCGAGUCCUGGUUCACAGGGUGCUUCACGGACUUCUUAUUCAACAGUGAGACUACCUGUCAGAUAAUGGAUUUAAAGACAGCCGUGUUUAACGCAGCCAGGGACGGGAAGCUCCGUCUGCUUCAGAAGCUGCUGGAGAACAAAGAUGGACACGAGGUGACCAAACUGAUGGGCGAGAAGACAAACGGUGCCACCCCGCUCCUCAUGGCCUCUCGGUACGGACACCUGGAGCUGGUGGAGUAUCUACUAGAGUGCUGCAGUGCUCCUGUUGAGGUCGGGGGGUCGGUGAACUUUGACGGGGAGACCAUCGAGGGAGCCCCCCCUCUGUGGGCGGCCUCGGCUGCGGGUCACCUGAAGGUGGUGCAGUCGCUGCUGGGCCACGGAGCCUCUGUCAACAGCACGACCCUGACCAACUCGACGCCCCUGAGGGCAGCCUGUUUUGACGGACACCUAGACAUUGUGAAAUACCUGGUGGAGCACAAAGCUGACCUGGAGGUGGCCAACAGACACGGGCACACGUGCUUGAUGAUCUCCUGCUAUAAGGGACACAAGGACAUAGCGCAGUACCUGCUGGAGAAAGGAGCAGAUGUCAACAGGAAGAGUGUCAAAGGCAACACAGCACUUCAUGACUGUGCAGAGUCGGGCAGUCUGGAGAUCAUGCGCAUGCUACUACAGUAUGGAGCAUCCAUGGAGCAGGAUGGCUACGGCAUGACCCCCUUGCUCUCUGCCAGCGUCACAGGACACACUAACAUUGUAGAUGAACUCACAACGCAUCAUCAGACGAGCCACACGGAACGAAUUGAUGCCCUGGAGCUCCUGGGAGCAACUUUUGUUGACAAGAAGAGAGAUCUGCUCGGGGCUUUGAAGUACUGGAAGAGAGCCAUGGACCUCAGGUACUUGGAGAGUAACAACAUCGUCCACAAACCAGAACCCAAGCAGCUGAUCAUGGCAUACGACUACGCAAGAGAGGUAACAAACAGUGAGGAGCUAGAUGGACUGAUAUCUGACCCUGAUGAGAUGCGCAUGCAGGCACUGCUCAUUCGUGAGAGAAUCCUCGGCCCCCAACACCCAGACACGUCUUACUACAUCCGAUACCGAGGUGCUGUCUACGCUGACUCUGGGAACUUUGAGCGCUGUAUCAACCUGUGGAAGUAUGCGUUAGACAUGCAGCAGAGUAACCUGGACCCUCUCAGCCCCAUGACCGCCUCCAGCCUGCUGUCGUUCGCUGAGCUUUUCUCCUUCAUGCUGCAGGACAGAGCCAAGGGGCUACUGGGGACAUCUGUGUCAUUUGAGGACUUGAUGGGAAUCCUUUCCAAGAGCGUGUUGGAGAUAGAGCGGGCGGUUAAACAAAACGGACCCAUGCCUCCUGACCCUGCUCAGCUUAGCAAGGCCCUGUCAAUCAUUCUGCACCUUAUCUGUCUUUUGGAAAAAGUGCAGUGUACCGCAGAGCAGGACCACUUCAAGAAGGAAACCAUCUAUAGAUUCCUGAAACUUCAGCCAUGUGGUAAGAACGGCUACAGUCCCCUUCACCUGGCAGUUGACCGCAACACCACCUGCGUGGGCCGCUAUCCCGUCUGCAAGUUCCCCUCCCUCACAGUGGCCUCCAUUCUUCUCGAGUGUGGGGCGAAUGUGAACAGUCGCGAUGAGGAUGACAACAGUCCCCUCCAUAUAGCCGCAACAAACGGUCACCCUGACAUCAUGAACCUGCUGAUUUCAUGCGGGGCUCACUUUGACAGCACCAACGCCUUCCAACAAACGGCCUGCGACCUCCUAGACGAGAAGGAGCUCUCCAGGAAUGUCAUUCAGCCCAUAAACCACACCACGCUGCAGUGCCUCGCCGCCAGGGCCAUCAUCAAGCACAGCCUUGACUACCGAGGAAACAUCCCAGAGAAACUGGAGGCCUUCGUUUCACUCCACAGAUAAUGACGGUGAGGAAAAGAGGAAGGGAGGUCUGAUCACAUCGAGUGGACCUGACAAAACUGUGGAGUGCUACAGUUCAACACCUGACCCACAAGGUGUUUGAGGAGCUGGAAGACAUAAUUUUGUGGGUUAGUUUUGCAUAUUCAAACUAUUUAGAGAUCAUGAUACGUUUGAACAAAAAUGUCCUCUUUCGAUGAGAAGAAACUGAAAAACGACUCUGGAGUAAUGGGAGGAAUGAGUUUACAUUUUCUUCCUCUGUUUGCUCCUCAUCAUGGAGCCACAGCUCUGACUGUUCACAGCACGAUCUGUGGGAGAUGUAUUAAGAGCGAAUUGCAACAUGGACAAACAGUUGUAUCUCUGGAUGAACUGAGCGGGGGUUUACAUAAUUUUGCUUUAUAAAAAAUAGACUUUUUUUUUUUGCAUAUUCCACUAUGCUAUUUAUUGAAUGAAACUUGAGAGAUUUUUCUCCAUGCUGGCUCCAACCUGGCCUCAACUUUGCCUGCUUCUCUCUUCUCAAAGCAAGGAUUGAGGCGUUUCUACAUAUGCUGGGACUUCAGGUUUUUUUUUUGUUUGUCCCAUCACUGUUGCCAAUAGUCAUGGACCCUUACUCAUUUAUCAUUAGGUUACUCCUUUUUUGUACUUUUACAAUACUUUUAGUUAUUGUCAUGCAAACCCGGAUCUGCCAAGUGGUGUGGAGCCUAGACUCAUUUUGUCUUUCCCAAUUUAAGUGUAUAACAAAGCUUUACGAGAGGGGUUAAAUGUCUGCGAACACCAUAAGUGCUUUAUUCUUCCUAUGCACAGGUUAGGCUGUUGGAAAGAGAGACUGUUGUAUUCUGUGCCGGCACUGGUUUGUGCAAUAUCUCUCAUGAGUUUUUUGUGUUUACCUCAUUGCUGCCGUUUCCUUGGUAUCCCCUUACUCCACUCAAAGACGGGAGAGGGGGUUGCAGAACCAUUGUACUGAUUUGUUGAAAGAUGAGUGAAUGACUUUGGGUGAUUGAGUUUGUUUGUAUUUGUUAAGGAGUGAGUGUUUCUUGCAGAGUGUGUUUUUUUUUGUGUUUUUUUGUUGUUUUUUUUAGCUUACACAACUGUUUGAGGACAAGAGUUUGGUGUAGUGGUACUCAUGGAGAUUCCAUAAUGCACAUGACUGCCACACAAGAAACCACAGCAGCCAAACUAACUGUCUACAACAGCCUGAAAGUGUGCAGGCUUGUACACAUAAGUGACCUCUUAUCGUUCAAACAUGGCCGACCUAUAAACACCAUCGUUCUUUUAAUAAUAAUGCUCAAAAAGAAAAAUCUGGGUAGGUUACCAACAUUGGUCCACUGUGCAUGUGCAGCAGCAGCAUAUCAACCAAUUAAUCACUGCAGAAAACCUAUCAUUUGAUCAUUUAUACAACCGUCAGCCAUUUCUAGGAGAGGUGAAGAGACGGAGGAGUGGGAGGUUGCCUCGACAUACACAAUAGUACAGCUUUGUGAAUUAUCUUGUUUGCACAUUAGCUUUAGAUGUGUGGGUUAAAGAAAAAAGGGCUUUUCAUAAUUUGUAGGACUUCAUAUUGCGGUCUAUUAAACCUGACAGUUCAAAACCAGACAUAGAAAAAUGUAUGAGGACUCCCAGGGCAACUUGAUUUGAAUCUGCACUUUACUACAGUGGAGUUUAAGAUUUGAUAUGGCAUUAAUCAAGUUCAUGUCUUAAUAACCAGUUUGACAAUAAACCCAUGUUGCACUCGU